AUGAAUUUCUUCACUGUCAGUUCUUUCAUUAUAUGUUUUUCUAUAGGGGCUGGAGAGUCGUGCACAAAAAUCACUGAGAAUCUGCACUACUCAUGCAUGGGAAGAAACCUCAGCUAUAUACCACCCAGUAUUCCUUCCUCUAUUCAAACUCUGGAUUUCAGUUUUAAUGUGUUGAAGCACUUAAAAAAGACUGUUUUCCCAGUUUUGUCUUUUUUAAGAGUCCUUGAUCUGUCAAGAUGCCAAAUCAAGCACAUUGAAAAUGACACUUUCUACAAUGUGAAGAAUUUGACUGCGUUGAUUCUCACUGGAAACCCAAUUACAUAUUUUGGACCUGGAUGCUUGAAUUUUUUACGUAAUCUACAAAGACUAGUUCUUGUGGAUGUUGGUCUCUCAUCCUUACAACUUCAAAUAAAUAAUCUAACCAAGCUGCAGGAGCUUAGAGUCGGGACAAAUAACAUCCAGUCCAUGUCUCUCCCUCCAUUCAUGAGCUCCUUCAAAGACUUCAGUUUACUUGAUCUACAUGGCAACAAUAUAUCUGUUAUCAAAACUCAUCACACUGCUGUGUUUCGAGAGAUUGGCAGAAACAUGACUUUGAUUCUCUCUAGGAAUCCGUUAUCAUACAUUGAACCAGGAGCUUUCAAAGAUGUUUAUCUCAGACGACUGGACAUCCGAUCUACCUUUGCUUCAUCUGCUGCUCAGAAAGCUGGUCUAAAAGCUCUGUAUGGUCUUAAUGUCAAAAGACUAAUGUUUGGAAAGUUCAGGGGAGAAUUCAAAUUUCAGUUCUCAGAUGCUCAUGUUUUAGAUGGCCUUUGCUUUAUCCAUUUCCAGGAGAUAUAUUACUAUAUUAUUGAAAGGCCAAGUGAGCCAGUUUCUAUCUUUCGCUGUAUGAUUAAUGCCACAAAUGUAAUAGUAAAGAGCGGUGUCAUUCAUGAGAUGGAGUAUGUAUUUUUUCAUGAAAUCAAGGAGCUUUACUUGCUUCAAGAUCAAUUAUUAACUUUACCAGGUAAACAGCUUUCACAUCUCCAUACUUUAGAAAAACUAGUAAUUGCACACAACAUUGAACCUCUUCGUGCUGGAACCUCCUUCACAGACAUGCCUAAGCUUCAGUAUUUGGAUUUGAGCUCUAACCGAAUGACCUUAACACGAUGCUGCACCACACUUUUGUCUGGCACCCCUCAACUCAGAUAUUUAAAUUUGAGUCAAAAUGGAGAAAUUGGCCUUGAAUUAGGAGGAUUUGAUGGACUUGCUUCCCUUGAGAUUCUUGAUUUCCACCAUACAAGGGUUUUAGAUUUGGGAUACUAUUCAUCUCUGUCCAAUUUAAAAUAUUUAAGGUAUCUGGAUGUUUCUUAUUCAAGUAUCACAUUUGUUAAUAUAUUCAGCUUUUAUGGACCGAAUAACCUUAAAAUUCUUAAAAUGGCCGGCAAUAAAUUUAAGGGUGAUGUAGCAAGUUAUUUAUUUAGUAAUCUCACUUUACUAGAGCACCUUGACAUGUCAUACUGUCAUGUGGUAGAGUUACACCCAAGCUCAUUCAAAAAUCUUCAGAGGCUUAGACUUUUAAAUUUGAGAGGAAACAAUUUAAUGACUAUAGAUUUUCUGGCCCUCCCAGACCUGAAACGACUAACAUCACUUUAUGUUGAUAAAAACAGCAUUACUAGCAUCCCACUUCAUGUUCUCCAAAAGUUGCCCACAAACCUUUCAGAGAUUGAUUUGUCCUCUAACCCCAUCGAUUGCUCCUGCUCCCAGACAGAUUUUAUUUUGUGGAUUAUCCAAAAUCAGAAAGUUUUGAAGCAACCGGAAAAUAUUUUCUGUAAAACCCUUUCACCAAGCUCAGAUUUUAGAGCAACAGACUUUGACAUUGACAGCUGUGUGCACAAGAAGAGACUCACAAUAGUUUUAUCUGUAUGUUUUGUUACAGUAGUAGUUCUUUUAUCAUUCUUGGUUUAUAGGUUCCAGUUUUAUCUUCAGUAUUGCUGUAUUUUACUGAGAGGCUACAGAUCACCAGGUCAACAAGAAUGUUCCUAUGACGCAUUUGUGAUUUUCUCCAGCUAUGAUGAAGUCUGGGUCAUGAAUGAGCUGAUGGAGAAUCUGGAGAACGGUGUUCCACCUAUUCAGCUUUGCCUUCAUAUGAGGGACUUUCAAGCAGGGAAGUCCAUCACCUCCAACAUUAUCGAUGAAGGAAUAAUGGGCAGUCGUAAAAUCAUUGUGGUCGUGUCUCAACACUUCAUUGACAGUGCCUGGUGCCGUUUUGAGUUUGAAUUAGCUCAGUCUCGAUUUAUGUUGGAGCGCAAUGCCAACAUCAUCAUCAUCAUUCUGGAAGAUGUCGAAGAGAGAAAGACUAAGAAAGUGUUUGGACUUCAUAAACAUCUGAAGAAAAACACAUACUUGAAAUGGAGCAGAGACCCUUUGAGUAACAUGAGAUUCUGGAUACGCCUCAGGAAAGCUAUUAUUUCCACAAACCAAUAA